AUGGCUGUAUUCAAUUCAAAUCCAGAGAUUCUAUUACGUAAAAGAAAGAAUGCCGACCGCAAAAGAUUAGAAAAACAGGAGCAGAUCCGGGACAAGAUUGCAGCUAACAAGAGAAGCAAACUAGAGCAAAAAAAGAAGAAAUUCAUUCGGGCUGAGACGUUACUCAGAAACCACAAAUCAAAUGAGAUUGAACGCAAGAGAAUCAAAAACGCCUCGAGAAAGCUCAACAAGAUUGACGACGGCGAGACAGAUGCGCUGCUGAAACCCACAAGCUCCCACCAGGGCAAAGUUCAAGAUCAAGGCGAAUACAAGUUACUAUUUUUGAUUAGAAUACCCAACCACACCAAGGGACUCAAGAUUCCGAAAAAGGCAUACCAGAUACUACAGGUGUUGAAGUUGACCCAGUCCAACACGGGUGUAUUCAUUAAAGCUAACGAAGCAACCAUCAGAUUGUUGGGCUUGAUUGCCCCCUACGUCAUUAUUGGCCAGCCUUCGAUUUCGUCGAUCCGGAAGCUUUUCCAAAAAAGAGCCCAGAUUAAGGAGCUUGUCAAGGAUAACGCCGACGACGACGAGCCAGAGUCAAAGUCAAAGUCUCUGGAACAGCCAGUGGAGAAAACCAUUAAGUUGGAUAAUAACCAAGUUGUCGAAGACAAAUUUGGCGAUAAUAUCGGUUGGAUCUGUAUUGAGGAUCUCAUUCAUGAAAUCGUCACGAUGGGACCUGAUUUCGUCAAAAUCACGGGGUGGCUAGAGCCUUUUAAGUUGAAUGCUCCUGUCAACGGGUGGGGUCCGCAAGCCAAAUUGGCACGGUUGAUUUAUGACAACGAUCACAAGGUGUCAAUUUCCUUGGCCCAGGAUUAUAAGUUGAAGGAAGUUGAAGAUAUCGAUGCUAUUAUCGACCAGCAGAAUUAA